AUGCAACCAUUCACUAUUUUUAUUGAUGCUCAUCCUUAUAAAGAUAAUUUUAAUUAUUGUUGUGGAACCCCUGGUCAAAGUCCAGGAUGGAAAAAUUCGUUUCAUCGCCUCACGUAUGCAAAUGCAGACCUAAGUGAAGCCACUUCCAAAGACAUUACCACUGACAGCGAUUGUUGUAAAGAAUGUGUUAAGGAUCCUAAAUGCAUUGGAUGGGUUUAUACGAAUAAAGUAUGUCUUUUGGGUGUCAAUAAAGAACUUUUACCCGACAUUUGCACUUAUCCUACACUAAGUGAAACAAACAGUUCAUUACUUGAAAAGGCUCCCUGGGAAGCCUCCGGAGUUAUUCGUUGUAGUGAUGGUUGUAAUCUACCUCAAACAGAAUCUUCCUCAUUAGCAUUUUCCUAA